AUGGCACUGCUCCUACCUCUCCUGCUAGCAUUUCUGGCCCUCGUCAACUCUGCCUUUGCGGCCCCAAAUGUCCCCCUCUCAACAUCAAGCCGCUGGAUCGUUGACGCCGGCGGGGAACGCGUCAAGCUGCGUUGCGUGAAUUGGGCGGGUCACAUGGAGACGCACCUACCCGAGGGCCUUCACAAACAGUCUAUAAGCUACCUGGCCGACUGGAUCGCUGGGCAGGGGUUCAACUGCGUUCGCCUGACGUACUCCAUCGACUGGGCGCUGAAUCCCACCCUCCCUGUUGCUGAUGCUUUUACUCAAGCCGCAACCGCGGCGGGAGUGUCGGCCGAUUCUAUGACAAGCUUCUAUUCAGAGGCCCUGGCGAAGAACCCGUUCCUGCAAAACGCCACAACCCAGGAUGUAUUUGGGGAGGUGAUCGAUCAGCUGUGGGCCAGGGGCGUGAUGACCAUCCUCGACAACCACCUCUCCAAGGCUAGCUGGUGCUGCAACCUGACGGACGGGAACGGCUGGUGGGACGAGGCAGAGGGCCACAACGACCUGAACUCGAGGUUCUUCAACACUAGCCAGUGGCUCCAGGGCCUGGCGGCCGUCGCCUCGUGGAGCGCCUCGCGCGAGGGCGUUGUCGGAUUGUCGCUGCGGAACGAGAUUAGGCAAGGCCUGAUCCAGGUCACCGGGAUUGACGACUGGUACACGCUCGUCACGAAGGGUGCGCAGGCGGUGCACUCGGCAAACCCCAACGCGCUGAUCAUCAUCGGGGGCAUCGCCUCGGCGACGGACCUGACCACCGUCAGGAAUCGCAACCUCGACACGUCGUCCUGGAGCGGGAAACACGUGUGGGAGUUUCACGUCUACUCCUUCACUCCGACGUUCUACGUCAACUUCGGCAUCUGCGCCCUCCGCAAGGAAGCGUGGGGCCUCUUCGACGGGUUCCUCCUUAAGCAGGGCGAGCCCUACACAGCGCCACUGAUUCUGAGCGAGUUCGGGGUGGACAUGAGCGGCGGCGAUCUCGACGGUCUUAGUGAGGGCGACGACAGCUACCUCUCAUGCCUGACUGAAUACAUGACUUCGAAUGACGCCGACUGGGCCGUGUGGGCUUUGCAGGGGACGUAUUACGUCCGCAAUGGGAAGACGAAUUAUAAUGAGACCUGGGGCCUGCUGGAUGAGGACUGGACGACGUGGCGCAACUCAAAAUUUCCCGGCAUGCUGGGAAAGAUGUGGAAUGUCACCCAGGGGCCAUCGCAAUAA